AUGGUCGAAAAGGCCAAACAGGAGGCGUACGUGGCGGCGCGAGUAGCGGAGCUCGCCCGUGCUGGCCUGUGGACCGAACGGAGGCUGCCACGCGUGCUCGAACCGCCGAGACCUAAGACGCAUUGGGAUUACUUGCUCGAGGAGAUGGCCUGGCUUGCGCAAGAUUUUGCACAUGAACGGAAGUGGAAAAAGCAAGCCGCCAAAAAGUGUGCUCGUGCGGUUCAAAAAUAUUUUCAAGACAAAGCUGUCGCGGCUCAGAAAGCUGAAAAAGCGCAAGAGUUACAGUUGAAGAAGAUUGCUGCCUUCGCAGCCAAAGAAAUCAGAAAUUUUUGGUCCAAUGUCGAAAAGCUGGUCGAGUGGAAACGCGUCCGCCGAGUAGAACGAGCCCGCAAGGAGGCUCUCGAUGAGCAACUGAGUUAUAUCGUAGACCGCACGGAGCGCUACUCGCGUCAACUGGCAGCCAACCUGGGCGCGCCCGCAGCCCCCGCUGUGACCCCGGCCGUCCCGGACACGCCGCCCUCCGACGACGAGUUUCAGCCGCGAGACGACUCCGAUGACGACGAGGAGACCAUAGCGGCUGCCGAGCGAGAGGCCGCACACGACGCCACGGAUCAUCGCGACGAGCUUGAGGCGCUACGCCGGGAGUCCGACCUCGACCUAGGCGACCUGUUGCCCCCGGGAUACGUGCCAGCCCACUCGCCGCCGCCCUCGGACUACGGGCCCGACGUCGACUCCGCCGACGACGAGGACACCAUCGCGGAACAGGAACAGAACGAACGGCCCGAGGACGCCGCCGCAGAGCUCGCCGCGCUCAGGAACGACGCGGACCUCGACAUACACGAGCUGCUCGGGAGAUACAAUGCCGAGGACGGGGACGGCUCCACGGCCACGGAGCGCGACACGGACGACGAAGACGAGCCUUCGGAAAUAAGUAGCGACGAGUCCGCGGACUCCGAGCAGCUAGGAGCUCUCAUGGAAACUGACGAAAUCAAAGAAGAGGCGAGAAGGGACGAUGCCAAUGCGGAAGGAGAGCAGCGCGUGGAGGCUGCCGCCUCGCUCGCCGCCUCUCUUCAACCCACUGGCACCACGCUUUCGGAGACGGCCGUGGCCACGCCCGUGCCGGGGUUGCUGCGACACUCGCUCCGGGAGUACCAGCACGUGGGCCUUCACUGGCUGGCCACCAUGCACGCGCGGGGACUCAACGGCAUACUGGCCGACGAGAUGGGGCUCGGCAAGACCAUACAGACCAUAGCUCUGCUGGCGCACCUGGCGCUGGACCGCCGAGACUGGGGACCGCACCUCGUGGUCGCGCCCACCUCCGUCGUCCUCAACUGGGAGAUGGAGUUCAAGAAGUGGUGUCCGUCCUUUAAGAUCCUCACCUACUACGGCACCAUCAAGGAGAGGAAACUGAAACGUGUCGGUUGGACCAAAACGAACUCGUUCCACGUGUGUAUAACCUCGUACAAACUGGUAGUGCAGGACCAUCAGAGUUUUCGUAGGAAGAAGUGGAAGUAUCUCAUAUUAGACGAAGCUCAGAAUAUCAAAAAUUUUAAAUCUCAGAGAUGGCAGAUGUUACUGAAUUUCCAGACAGAAAGACGGUUACUCCUGACGGGCACGCCGCUACAGAACAGUCUGCUGGAGCUGUGGUCGCUCAUGCACUUCCUCAUGCCGGACGUGUUCGCCUCGCACUCGGAGUUCCGCGAGUGGUUCGCGCCCGUCGCCGGCAUCGCGGAGGGCUCGCACCGGUACAGCGACGAGCUCGUGAGGAGACUGCACGAGGUACUGCGACCUUUCCUGUUGCGGCGCCUGAAGGCGGACGUGGAGCGACAGAUGCCGCGCAAGUACGAGCACGUGCUCAUGUGUCGACUCUCCAAGAGGCAGCGGUUUCUCUACGACGACUUCAUGUCCCGAGCUAAAACGAAAGAGAGUCUCGCCUCGGGCAACCUGCUGAGCGUAAUCAACGUGCUGAUGCAACUCCGCAAGGUGUGCAACCACCCCGACCUGUUCGAGCCGCGGCCGGUGUCCUCUCCGCUCCAGCUGCCACCGUUGCCUUACCGCGUGCCUUCACUGGCGCUCGUUGCCGAUGUGGUGCGACGAGUGGAGCUGGCGGCGCGCCUCGGCGGGGACCUCGCGACGCUCGAAGUGUCCGGCGCUGGCGCCUUCGCCGCUCACCGCGCUCGCCACCUGGCUCCGCCGCGGCGCCUCAUAGAGGAGCUGCCGGACCCCCCGCCGCCGCCUCCUCCGCGUCCCCCGACCCUCCGCCCUGCGGCUGCACCUGCGCCUCGUCCCCCGCGCGCCACCCUCGCUCCGCGUGCCGCUCACCGCGCCGACGUCGACGCCCACCGUGACGGCCGUCCGCACGCCGUCGUCCCGAGCGCCGCCUCCCGCGUCGGAUCCGCCUCCUCCCGCGGCGCGCGGAUCGACCGCUCGCCUGUCCGCUCACCGCCGCGCCAGCCUGCGGCGCAUGGCCGCGGUCAACGAGCGCCGCUGCUGGCGCUGCCCCUGUUCGGCGCGGACCUGCGCGCGGCGGUGGACGUGGGUCCGCCUCCCUUGCCGCCGCGGGAUAUCUCGGACGUGCUCCGCGACCUGCACGACGUCAUCGACAGGUUCAUGAUCUGCUGGUCGUCGUGCCGGGCGCGCGGGCUCCAGAUGUGGGCGGGCGCGGGGGAGGGGGCGCGGGCCUGGCGGCGGGCGGCGCGCCCCCCCGAGGGCGGGCUGCGAGCCGCGCGCGCCGCCCUCACCUUGCUUCACGUUCCGGCCGCGCGCGCAGCCGUCGCCUUCCCGCACCCGAGACUGCUGCAAUACGACUGCGGUAAGCUGCAGACGCUGGACGGUCUGCUCCGGCGGCUGAAGGCGGGCGGCCACCGCGUGCUGAUCUUCACUCAGAUGACGAGGGUGCUGGACGUGCUGGAGGCGUUUCUCUGUAUGCACGGCCACGCCUACCUCCGCCUGGACGGCGCCACCCGUGUGGAUCAGCGCCAGCCGCUCGUGGACCGAUUCAACGCGGAUCCUCGAAUUUUCGCUUUCAUCCUGUCCACGCGCAGCGGCGGCGUCGGCCUCAACCUCACCGGAGCGGACUCCGUGGUGUUCUACGACUCGGACUGGAACCCCACCAUGGACGCGCAGGCUCAGGACCGCUGCCACCGGAUCGGUCAGACGCGCGACGUGCACGUGUUCCGCCUCGUCACCACGGCCACCGUCGAAGAGAACAUUCUGCGCAAGGCCGAACAGAAACGGACCCUCGGCCACCUCGCCAUCGAAGACGGACACUUCACUACGUCCUAUCUGAGAGCGGCCAACAUCAAGGAGUUGUUCGGAGCGGAGACGGAGCCGACGGCCGGCCAGAGAGACUGCGAAUCGGCAGAGGGUGGGGAGUUGGAGUCCGCCCUCGCGGCCGCGGAGGACGAGGCGGACGCCGCCGCCGCCCAGGCGGCCAGGGCGGAGGCUCAGGGUGACCUCGCCGAGUUCGACGAGACCGUACCGCUAGAUGAAGACACGCGCGCAGCUUCCCCCGGACAUGCGGGAGACGAAGACCGGGGAGAGUUCGCCGCCCUCAUGAAACAGUUAACGCCGGUGGAGAAAUACGCAAUGAGACUGGUGGAGAGCAGCGAGGCGGCCACUGAGGCGGAGCGGGCGGCGCUCGGGGAGAUGAGGAGGCAGCUGAGGGAGUGGGAACAGGCGAGGCGCGCGCUCCGGGACGAGGCCAGCGACCAGCACGAGCAAGAGACGGAACCGGAGCACGACCAGGACCUGGAGCUCACUUACUGUCGGGAGGACGCCCGCACGGAGAUAUGGAUCGACGGCAACGGAGCGGCGGAGCGCAUGCCGAUGUGGUGUCCGCCCACCCCGCCCUCCAGCGACGGAGACGUGUACUGCGACAGCUGGGCGCGGGCCCUGUACCGGCGUGGGGCGGCGGCCGACGCUCUCCUACCGCCCGUCCGCUGGAGAGACUCUCGUGCUCCGCGGUCACCGCGCCGCACUAGGCCGGCUCCCCGCUCCGCCCACGCUCCUCCUUCGCUGUUCGACCGCGGCGGCCCGCGUCCACGGCCCCGCGUCCGCGCGCCCCCCGCCCCGCCCAGGGACCACGUCACUCCUCCGCCCGACUGGGCUCCUUGCGAGGACGCCGCUCUACGGCGAGCGCUCCGUCUGCAGCGUUUACCGCCGGAACCUCCGGCCGCUCACGCUCCCAACUGGGAUUGGCUCGCCGACCUGGUCGGGGAGGUCGCCCGCGCCUAUCGCUCUCCCCGCUCCUGUCGCGAUCGUCACGACGCGCUCGCUGACCCGGAGCGCGCCCGCCGCAAACAUCGGAAGCCUCCGCCGGCCCGACGUCGGCCGGACGAUGACGCCCCGCGUCCGCCGCUACAACGACUCGACGCGAUGCGGGAAGCCGCCGAGCGACGUCGCGCGGCGCCCAAGCGUCGCCUGGACGACGCCUCGCACCACAAUCCCAAGCACGCCGCGCUGCUCGCCGACCAUGGAGUGGACUACGACGCUCCUCCUUCACCGAUGGAGGUGGCCACACGACGAGCGGAGCGUAUCGCGAAGGAGAAGAUGAAGGUCGGCGCGAGCGCUUCCAACGCCGGGAACGUCGCGCCGCCGCCGGCCGCCGCCAGCGGCGCGCCUCCGCCCGUCACCGCACAGCGUAUAGUAGUGGCGGCGCACGGGGCUCCGGCGGCGGCCGCGGCGGCGCCCGGGCCCGGCAAGCCGGAGGUCCGCCGUCCGCGGCCGGGGGAGGCUCCGCGAGCUCAGGCGCCGGCCGCCGCACAGCUGCUGUACCGCCAGCAGACGCUCGCCGGCAGGCACCAUCUGAAGAUAUUGCACCACUCGACACCGACCCAGCCGCAGGGUGUGUCGGUGAGCGCGGCGGGCGGCACCCUGCAGCUGCAGCAGCUGGCGCUCCGCCGGCCGCGCGCGCCCCCGCCCGCGCCGCAUCUGGUGCUGGCUCACCUGGCGCCCGCGCCCCCCGCCGCCGCCCCCGCCGCUCCCCCCACCUCCUCCGACUCGCAACAAUAAAGGGCCUCUUUAUUUGAUCGUUUCAUUGUUAUAAUCCUCUUUAGGUAUUUAAAGGUGCGCGCAUCUCACGACGAGCGAAUUUUCUAUUUUCUAGUGAUGCCCGAUUAUUAAGUGAAAUAUA